CAAAUGGAAGAUCAAUUAGAACCUAUAAGUCAAUCCUCCCUGAUGCUCAUUCCGAUCAUCAAAGUCAUAAUAUCCGGCGAUCUUUGCACCGCCCAUAACCUUAAACGUCUGCAAUCUCCGAUCGUCGCCCAAUAUGUUGCUCUCUCCGGGCCAUUCCCCACGCCACAUCUCGACUCCGUCGCCGUCCCCAUCCCAAAACGCCCAAACCCCAAACCCUAAUUCUUCCGCUCUUGUCCAGAAGGAGAACGGUAGCAUUUCUUCGUGGAUCACAGCGAAUUCGGCCUCCAGAAAUCGCCGGCACAAAGUUCUAGACGAAGACACGUAUGUCGCGUCCAUAGAGAAGAUCAUCGAGCGGGAUUUCUUCCCUGACAUCCCUAAGCUCCGGGAUCGACUCGACUGGCUCGAGGCUGUCCGCACGGGAGAUCCUCUUCAGAUUCGCGAUGCACAGCUGAAGAUUAUCGAGCGCCGCCGUGGAAAAGCACAAGGUUCAGACACUGUAGGUAAAUCUCGGACUCCUGGCUCUACAUUUUUCAGAAAUUCAAUCACCCCCUUUGAGGAUGUUUACAAGCCCCCCACCCCGAGCGUGGCCGGUAGUGCUAGUCAUAGUUGUAACCCUUCUGUGAAUACUGAUGGUGAUAAUGGUGAGUGUGAGGUGGAUACGUCCUUGCCGUUAGAUGAUUUCAUGAGAAGGUACACCAGCGAGGACAAUGAGAGCUUCUUUAAGAUUAUUGAGAAAACUAAUAGGAAGAGGAAGGAGCGGUACGGGUUUUUGAUGGGAGGUGAAAAGGAGGAGGGGGAUGUGAAUCUGAUUGAGGGUUCAAAAAGAGAGAAGGUCUCCACAGAUGGAUAUGGAACUUCGGAUCAACCGAUUGCCACAUUGGAAGGGUGGAAGUACACUGCAAAGAAUCUUCUCAUGUACCAUCCGGCUGAUAGAGGGGAGGCGCCGUUGACAGAAGAAGAAUUGGCUGAAAGGCUUAAGGGUAUGACAAAGGAGAUUAAUAGGCCAAACACCCGUUUUCACGGCAAAACUACAGAAACUUGUAUGAAAGAGGAUGAUACGGUGGCUGUUCUUUAUUCACCUGUUCCAGGAGCUACACCCCUUCCUUUCAUAGACAGAAGUGGGGACAAAUCGAAGAAGUAUGAUCUAGAAGAUCUUAGGAAGACUCCCAACCAAUUCUAUAUAGAGUUCGGGAAGAAAGCCGAAAACGGUUACAGUUACGUUAUGACUCCAUCUCCUGCACCGGGUGUAGAUGGGUCCCCCUUCAUGACUUGGGGGGAAAUUGAAGGGACCCCACUAAGGUUGGAACCAGAAGACACCCCUGUUGAUAUUGGUGGCAAUGGAGAAGGGCCCCACUAUAACGUACCAAUGCCAGCUUCCAGAGAUAUCAAGGCACAUUCUUUAUCUCGGGAAGCUUCAAGGAAACUCAGGGAGAGGUCGAAGAUGUUUCAGAAACCACCAUUGCACUCUCCUGUCAGAGGGGGGAGUGUGAGCCCAAGUGGACGGACUCUAUCUCCAGCUGCACAGAAGUUUGUGAGGAACGCCAUAGCCAAGACAUCACGCUCUUUGGAUGAAUCUUUGAGGGCUAGCUAUCGGGGAGCAAGUCCUGGGUUGGGCACUCCUAGGAGUUUGUCAAGGUUAGGAAGAGAUGGUAGUUUGGCUGCUUCCAGGUCUCCUUCUGUUAGAGAAGACGGCUCUAAUCCUCCUUGGUAACUCUCUAUUUUCUCUUGUACUAAUGUUCUGUAUUAUAUAGCCUUUUUUUAUCAGUUGACUUUGAUGAUUAUGGAGUCGAGAGUUGAAGUAUGCGAGUUUCUUCAUCAAGUUUGCAUCGAUUGAUAUAGUGUCUAUAAGUGCACCGUAUUGAACGCAACCCCACGAAAGGGGGUCGGUGCAGGAGCUUUGAUUGUUUUCCGUUGGUUUGAUGUUAACUAACUUUGAAUUUUCAUGGUAGUGUGGUAUGUUUUUUUAUAUAAAUUAUUUUGUCAAUG